AUGUCUAGCCCGCGAAUAGCGCCCUACGCCAACGAGGAGUACACCGUGGGCUGGAUAUGUGCCCUCCCCGUUGAGCUAGCUGCAGCAAGGGGCAUGCUUGAUGGGGAAGAUCACGGAGAGCCCCAGACAUCACCGGCAGCAGCAGAUCAGAAUCGCUAUACACUGGGGACGAUAGGGCAUUUCCGAGUGGUGAUCGCUUGCCUGCCAAAGAACCAACUUGGUUCCUCUUCCGCGACGGCCUCGGUAAAGGAUAUGCUAUUCACCUUCCCCAAUAUCCGGAUUGGGCUUUGCGUGGGUAUCGGUGCUGGUAUCCCUGAUUAUGAGAGCCAGGAUGAACAGGAUGUUCGUCUUGGGGAUGUUGUUAUCAGUAGUGACUCCAAGACCGGAGGUGUGGUGGCCUAUGCCCUGGGUAAGAAACUGGCUGAUGGCUCAUUUGAGACGCGGUCUGCUCUGGCUCCACCUCCUCGAUCGCUAAGUACGGCCCUUGGAGCGAUGCAAGCACAACAUAUGAUGGAAGAGCACAAAAUAGGAGUUUUCGUUGACCAAAUGCUCGACAAGCAUCCAUUUAUGCGCAAGAAGGGAUAUUCUCGUCCGGACCAAUCACUGGACCGUCUGUUCAGAUCGGGGUACAUUCAUGCCGCGGGGAAGAAUUGUUCGAAAUGCGACGUUUUGGAGACUGUGGAGCGGGAUGAUCGGUUCGAUGAUGCUCCAGUUAUUCAUUAUGGAACAAUUGCCUCGGGUGACAUUGUCGUCAAGAACGCUGCAUUGCGUGAUGAGAUUCGAGACAAGCAUGGGGCUAUUUGUCUUGAGAUGGAGGCUGCGGGAUUGAUGAACAAUUUUCCUUGCGUCGUGAUCAGAGGAAUCUCGGACUACGCUGACUCGCAUAAAAACGACCGCUGGCAGCCAUAUGCAGCUGCGGUGGCCGCCGCAUGUGCAAAGGAGUAUUUGGAACAUGUGCAAGUAAAGGAUGUGAGCGGAGAGCCUACAGCGAAAGCCCUAUUUGAGAAGGUGCAAGAAGUUCAUAGUGAAGUCACGAAGGUCGGAAGGUUUGUGACAACUAGGGAGACCAGAGAGGUCCUCGAUUGGGUCAGUUCAAUAGACUUUGUCGAUCAGCAAAACGAUAUCAUCAGUCUCAGGCAAGAUGGGACAGGUCAUUGGCUCAUAAAUUCAGAAGAGUUCAUUCAGUGGAUGAGCGAUGAUAUCCAACCUCGAACUCUCUUCUGUCCUGGGAUCCCGGGUGCAGGCAAGACAAUAAUGGCAUCCAUCGUGGUAGAGUAUCUGAAGAACACCUUCAAAGGCGAUUCAAAUGUGAAGGUUGCUUUUCAGUUCUGCAGCUACCAGCCGAAACAUGGGCAGACUUACCUGGAGCUCCUGCAAAGCCUCGUUCGACAACUUGCACUGAAGACUCCAGAUGCAGACCUGCUUCCAUGUAUAUUGCAGCUUCACCAGGACCACAGCUCAAACUCUACGCGACCUCGACCCACUGAGUUGGAGAAAACUAUCCUAGAAGCCAUUGAGUCAUACUCCAUGGUGUUCCUAGUUGUCGAUGCCCUUGAUGAGUUCUAUUCUGCAAGCCGGGAAGACUCAUUGUUGUUCUUUGACGCUCUGUGCAAAAUCCGGGAAAGUCCUCAAGUGAAGCUUUUUGUGACUUCUCGCUAUAACGAUGACAUCUCUUCUCGGUUUGCUCCGUGUAUUUCCAGAGAAAUCCGGGCCCACGAAGAUGACGUCCUACAAUAUGUGAAAGAACGCAUGCCCCAGCUCCGCAUCCCCAAGACAACUCAAACCGCUGAACUUCGGAAUGAAAUACAAUCGGAAGUUGUGAGGACUGUAGAUGGAGUCUUUCUACUUGCUAAACUGCAUAUGAAUCAUUUGAUGGGCUUUCUCACCGUCAGACAAAUGAAGAACGCCCUUGUCCAACUACCCCGAGGGACAACCGGCCUUGAGCUAGCAUAUAAUCAGGCGAUGCUCAGGAUUACAUCCCAAGGAGACUCUAAUCAAGGGGUAUCUGACGACGACGAUUCUCAGUCGAAAGUCGCGUUGAGGGCUCUAUCUUGGCUCAGCUUCAGUAAGACAGCUCUGACGGCAGACCAGCUCGUACACGCGAUUGGGACCAAGCCAGGAAUGAAGGAUCCCGACCGGGAAAACCUUAUGGAUCCGAACACCAUCGACAGUUUAUGUGCCGGGUUGGUUGCAUUCGAUCGAAACACAGGUAUAAUCCGUUUGGUACAUCACACCACAAAGGCAUACCUGCUAAAGAGUAGCCAUCUUCAAGAUGGUGAAGUCGAGAUCGCAAAAAUUACACUUACCUAUCUUAGCUUUGACUCUUUCUCGACAGGCCGUUGCAGUCAUGAAUCGAGCUUCGUCCAGAGGGAAGAGCGAUAUCCUCUUUUUACCUACUGUGCCUUGUAUUGGGGCGCACAUCUCUCGCCGCUGCUUGAAAAGUCAUCUGACUUACUCAGACUCACCUUGCAAUUUUUGAAAUUGGACACCAAUGUUCGGGCGUCUGGCCAGGCCUUGAUACUUGGCGUUUACAAUUACUUCAAAAGGACUCUGAUGGGUGAGACGCCAAUCCCGUGGAGUCACUCGUUCCUAUUGACAAAAGUUCACCUUGCUUGCUAUUUUAAUCUUCACACAAUCAUUGAUCAUUAUAUCAGCCAGAAUGUGGAGCUCAAUAUCGUAGAUUCUACGGGAAAGGUGCCUAUUCUGUGGGCCAUUGAGCAGGGACAUAUUGAAACAACACAGAUACUCCUCAAGUCUGAUUGCGUGGAUAUAUGUUUCAAAGACCAUGAAGGGAAGACUCUUUUGAUGCAUGCGACUAUCGCCCAGCAUGCUCAACUGGCUGAACUCCUCAUUCUGCAUGGUGCCUUCUGUGAUGCCCGGGACAACAAGGGUCGCUCAGCUUUGGCUUACGCAGCCACCACUGGGCAAAUUGCAAUGAUACAACUUCUGAUCUCUCACAAUGUUCAGCUUAACUUCACUCAUGACGCGAAAGCGGUGAAACCUGUGGGUGCUGACGACAUGUUUACUUCCCUCUUCGACGUCGCAGAUGCCUUAGAAGAGGACGGUCCGGUCUUUCUUCUCGACGAGAUUGUUGAUCCUGUGGGCACUCCCCUCAUAAAUGCCAUUUCUACUGGCCAUAGGGAGGCAGCGAUCCUGCUUCUUGAGAAUGGCGCCGACCCAAAUUACGCGAAUUCAGAGGGCGACACACCCCUGUCAGCGGCAGUGGCAAGAAGGAAUGAAGAUUUGGUCAAGAUACUACUUGAUAGAGGAGCCACACUUGAAGAGUCUCCUUCGACACUUUACUAUGCUAUUGAGAAUGGAGACUUGGGAAUAGUACGUAGGUUUCUCGAGGCAGGUGCUGAUCCAAAUUGCGAAUACUCACCGACCUCACUGCAACGAUCGAAUCCCUGGGUUACGUCAAUGGAGCCUGUUACUGCUGAAGAGCUAUCAGCCUUGUUCAUGAAUCUGGGCAAAUCGCUUGUAACCGGAGUCAAUACUUCCAACUUGCCAAUUCUUACCGAAACUGGUCUCUCUCGUGCAACGCGAUUGGGCCAUGCGGAAGUGGUGCUUGAGUUGCUCAAGCACGGCGCAGAUCCCAACCAACAAGACGGAAAGAAAGAGACUCCUCUAUUCGUCGCAUCCAAAAACGGACACACAGAGAUCGUGCGGGUGCUCCUUGCAAACGGGGCAAAUCCGAAUAUACAGAACAAGUACCAUCAAACAGCCCUGUUUCCUGCAUCAAGAUGGGCUAAACCAUUGAUCGUGGCCCUUUUUCUCGAUGCCGGUCUCUCAGUCAACUUACCAGACAUUUCUGGAAGCACACCGCUGUUUUAUGCGGUUGAAAGCGGAUCUGAAGAGGUGGUGAAGCUACUAUUGUCCAAAGGAGCCGAUGUUGGCCAACUUAACGCCAUGUUCGAGACUGCGCUAUUCGGUGCAACGAAGUAUGCCAACCCGGAACUAUGCCAACUAUUACUAGCGGAGGGAGCAGACCCGGAGCAGAUGAACCUUCUUCAAUGCACUCCUCUAUUCAACAUCGCCAACGGCAUUUGCACAUCUAGAGGGUCCGCCCCUCAACAGCUCUAUCCCGGUAGUCAUGACUUCGAUGCUUCUGUCAAAGCUGCGAUUUUGCUGAUUGAAAACGGGGCCAAUCCAUGCCCGCAAGUCUUCGACCCAGAAGUGGAAGAAGUUCAUGAGGUACUGCAGGCUUACAUCGCCAACUUCAGCCAACCUAUACGCCCCGCUGAUAAAUCCCCAGAGUUUACCCUCUUUGCCCGUGAGAUAUGGGGUGACUUUCUGAAAUCCUUGACCGAUGAAGAUGUUUAUACAUUUCUUGAGCUUCUUUGCAUGGGGCGAAGUGGGAAUAUUGAGCCUUGCGAAAAGGGACCCUUGUACUGGGUCUCAGUAUCGGGAUCUUGCGAGUUGGUUUCGAAGGUUCUUCAAACGAACGUUGAUAUUGAGGCCAGGAACUCAGGAUUUCUUCAAGGAGCAGUAGAAUCCGGGAAUGCCGAUGUCACAGACAUGGUAUUGAAUGCCCUUGGGAAGGAGACAAUUUCUUCACAGUCAACGGCCGCCCUUUUUGAAGCCUCAGCGGAGCGUGGCAACCUUGACGUGGUCAAGGCUCUAUUCAGUCGGAUUCCCGCCAACCCAGACAUUGGGAAAGCUGUGAUCGCCGCCGUUUGGAGUGGAAGUACUGAACUGGUCGACUUCUUCCUUACCAACGUAGAUGACCCACUUCUAGUUGACGGAAAGGAUAUGAAUGUCUUCCACCACGCCGUCGUUGCGAAGUCAUAUGCUAUGCUUCAGUUCUUGUUGGACCAGGAGCCACUUCGAAAGCUUAAUAUUAAUGCCAAAGGCCAUCUUGGAUUCUCCCCUCUACUUUGUGUGACUCAGAUGCGUCACAAUAACACGGAAUUUGCAAGGCUCUUGCUGCAGAGGGGCGCUGACCCCAACAAGGCAUUAGACGAGGACAAUCUCAGGGCCCGGGAGAAUUGGGAUCACUGGGUCCUUUUAGCCUUUGCGGCGCACAAUGGGGCGGAUGACUUGGUUGAACUGUUGCUUGAAUACCAUGCAGAUCCAGAUCCCAUCAACCAAUACGGUGUAAGACCCAUAUGCCUCGCCGCUCUCGAUGGGCAUGAGGCAGUCGUGAGAAUGCUUCUUGAUAAGAAGGUUGACCCGAACCAGGUUGAAGGCUCGAGUAAAGCACCCCUGUCAUGGGCGCUUGAGCGACAUUUAGAUGCUUAUAGAUACAGUCCAUCAAGAAUAAGCGACUGGCCAGGCAGUCAAGCGGUACAGGCAACAGUCAAACUUCUGCUCGAGCGCGGUGCAGACCCUAACCCAGGCGAUGGAACUUCCCCAAUCUUAGCUGCCCUCAGGCUGUAUUCGGAAGAAUUGGUUUUGCUACUACUGAAGGCUGGAAGCAGCCCACAUGUUCGUGAUGUGUAUGGGCGUACACCCCUUAUCAUUGCGACUGCUCUUGGAAUGACACGCGUUGUUGCGGCUUUGCUGGAAAUCCCAGAUGAAUGGACGAGCCCAGUAAUUACGGAUGUCUAUGGCCGGUCAGCAAUAACCGAAGCCACAAGAAGGAAUAGAGUCCACAUCCUGGAGCUACUGACUCGAGACUCAGAAGUGUAUUCAGUGGCAUCUAGCGACGCAUCUGAGUGUGAGCGAGUCAACGUUCCAGAGAGACAUCAUGACACAUGUAAGGUGUGCAUGGUUCCCCUACUGGACGCCUCCAGUGAUCAUUGCUCUUGUGAGCAGUGCCCUUCAUUUGUGAUAUGCAAAGAUUGCAAAGACUGGGGUGUCACAUGUUUGAAAACAGGGCAUAUAAUGGAAGAGGGAUAUGGCGAUAAUUUGGAAUGA